GUGACGAGCACAUUACGGAGUACAUAUAUUAUUAAUCACGAUGGCGAGUUUUUUGAGAGAAACUCCGGCUUCGGUUGGCUUUGAAAGUCCGUUCCAUUGGGUUGCACCGCUGUCGAAUUCGGCGACAUCGACUACUUAAUACGAGUCGCCCCGUGGGUUGGCAAAAACUAUUCACGGUCAAGGCCCUCCCUUCUCCAACGAAUUUCUGGGAACCAUGACUCCUCGAGAGACUGACACAUACAGAUACUCAUUCACCUUUCUCACGUUCUGUCCCUCCGAGCCACUGAAAUCACGCUUUUGCACAAAGCAAAGCUAACAAAGCAAGCCGCCAAAGUGUCUUACGGAGAAACUCUGGCCGGGGCUCUCCAAGGGUCACUUGCUGUUGAAAGUGCCAGCAAAGCCCUUGAAACAUCUCAAAGGAUUCCUGCCUCAAGAUUAACAUAUAGCUCUCUAGUUUAGAUCUCGCCUUUUCUUUUCUUCUUUUUUUUUUUUUCUCCCGGGCCUCCAACAAUCGAUAUGCUACGGUUGACGGGGGUUAUACCUCGCUUCGGCCUCACCGUUUCCGUUUCCCUCCUCAUCGUUUACUUUAUCUGCGUCGCACCCCUUGCUUUCCUUCUUUACAUCGAACUCACAGAUCGCCGCUAUCGAUCUCGACAGCCGAGAGGAUGCCGGAAACUAGGACUGAAAUCCUGUUCCAACUUAGCCGAUGAACAUUCCUACAACACGCGGGGGGUACAUAAACGCUCCAAGGAUCAUGCGGGGAAGAAGAUCAAAGUCAAGGCUCUCAUCGUUUAUCCUAUUAAGAGCUGCGCCGGGGUGGAGUUCAACUUCAUUGAUGGCACCGACACGGGCUUGAUGUACGAUCGCCAGUUCGCCUUCGCGGAGUACGUUGAGACCCGGAACGCCGAAGGAGAGUCAAAGACGAAUGGGUCAGCUGAAAAGAAUGCCACCACCGGCCGUUGGGACUGCCGCACCCUUCGCGACGGCAAAUUCAGCAGAAUGGCCCUUGUCCGGCCGGAGAUCUGGAUUCCAGAUCCUUCAUUGCCAUCGUACUCUCCCAAGGCUCCUGCGGUCCGUUCGAAGGGUGUCCUGGUGAUCAACUACCCCAGAAUCGCGACGAGUUUCUUGACCAAACUUGGCAUGAAGCUCAAUCUCUGCUCGCGAGAGGAAUCGUUUCAAGUACCACUCUACCCGCCGGAUGGCGAGUACCCUUCCAUUCCAUUCCGCAUAUUCAGAGACACACCCAACGCCUACAAUUAUGGCGACCACAUCCCUUCUUCCCUGGCUACCUUCCUCGGAAGCACCAAACCACUCUCGCUAUUUCGCGUUGAUCCGGAUCACUACCGCCCCGUGCGCGGGAACGCGCCACCCGCAGCGGACCUCGGAUUCGAGCCAACGAUGGGUUUUCCGGAUGAGUACCCGGUUCAAAUGCAAAACCUAGCCAGUAUCAGGAACAUCGCGGAACAGGUUCGGUACGCAAUUCCCAAGUUUUCUGUCCGCAGGUUCCGGCCGAAUAUCGUGCUUGAAGGAUUAGAAGCGUACGAUGAGGAUGACUGGAAGCGCAUUCGCAUCGUGCAGGGUCCACGGAGCAGGAAAGCGCCUCCUUCAUCUGCCGAAGGCGAUCGAGGCGAUGAACGCAAAGACGAAGGAAAAGGUGUUGAUGUCAUAGUUGCGUGUCGCACCGUGAGAUGUCGGCUCCCGAACGUUGACCCAGACACGGGCGAGAGACAUCAGGUCGAGCCGGAUAAGACGCUGAGGUCGAUGAGGAACAUCGACGCGGGGGCGGGGAAGAGUGGGUGUUUGGGAAUGAUGCUUGUGCCUGUUGCUCGAAAAUUCACUCUCCAUGUCGGUGAUGAGAUCGAGGUCCGAGAGAGAGGAGAGCAUUUCUACGUCAAAGGUUGAAAUGGGCCUGAUCUAUUUUUCUUCGAGGUCAACCGGCAAAAAGGGGGUUCUCAUUUGCCGGCAUUAUAUUAUUGUUACAUGCCGGGGCAUUUGCGUAUUUAUUCCAGACGGCACUGUAGAGGCACGUUUUGCAUGAGUCUGUGCCAUUUUAACAACGCA